ACACACACACACACACACACCCCGCACACCGCACACAGCACACGCAGAUGCACACGCACACGCAGUGGGGACGGCAUGAGAGAGGAGCGCGGAGGAGGAGGAUGUUCGGCUUCCCUGCGCUCCCUCUGCCCUGAGAUGAGAUGAUGAGAUGAGGAGAUGAGAUGAGAUGAGAUGAGAUGCUGCAGGGUGCCGCAUUGUCCCGCGCGCUCCAUGGUAGGAUGCUCUGAUCCCUCCAUCCUCUCUCUCUGCUCUUCGACUUCGGGGUCCUCGGUCUGGGUGGGGAUGGAUUAAUGAACCGCCCCGCUCGUAGAUUCGCGCAGACAUUUAUGCGGCGGGCUGGAUCGCACACACUGCGCUUUCGAGAGCCUCAGCGGCGCACUGCUUCCCGGCGCUUGGAUGGAUGGACGGAUGAUGGAUGAAGGGGUGAUGGACGGACGACGGAUUCGCGAAACGCGUUCGGGCAAAGCAGAGAGGAACAUGGCGAUGCCCGCAAACUAGAUUCAUUGAUGUCUCAAAGUGUUUCAUGCCCAGGACGAUCUCGAAACGGGGGCUGCGCGAGACCUUCAGAGUGCGGAGGUUCUUAGGUGCGUCACGCGCUUAUCGUCGUGGACCCUUCGUUGGAGGUGGUGGUGGUGGUUGGGGGGGGGGAGUCAGUAGGGCAUUGCGCUCCACAUUUUACCACUUCCCAAGACCCGAAACAAAGGGACCAUGACUCAUCUGCAAGCCGGACUGUCCCCCGAAACCCUGGAGAAAGCCAAGGUGGAGCUCAAGGAGAACCCCGACACCCUGCACCAGGACAUCCAGGAGGUGCGGGACAUGAUCAUCACUCGGCCCGACAUCGGCUUCCUCAGGACGGACGACGCCUUCAUUCUGAGGUUCCUCCGAGCCCGUAAGUUCAACCACUUCGAGGCGUUCAGGCUGCUGGCUCAGUACUUCGAGUACCGGCAGCAGAACCUCGACAUGUUCAAGAACCUGAAAGCCACGGACCCCGGGAUCAAGCAGGCUCUCAAGGACGGCUUCCCGGGGGUGCUGGCCAACCUGGACAGAUAUGGGAGGAAGAUACUGGUCCUCUUUGCUGCAAACUGGGACCAGAGCAGGUACACCUUUGUGGAUAUACUGAGGGCCAUUCUAUUAUCUCUGGAGUCCAUGAUCGAAGACCCAGAACUCCAGGUGAACGGCUUUGUGCUCAUCAUCGACUGGAGCAACUUCACAUUCAAGCAAGCUUCGAAGCUGACGCCUAGCAUGCUGCGACUCGCCAUUGAAGGCCUGCAGGACAGCUUUCCCGCCCGUUUUGGUGGGAUACACUUUGUCAAUCAGCCCUGGUACAUCCAUGCUUUGUACACGGUCAUACGGCCCUUCCUGAAGGACAAAACAAGAAAACGGAUAUUCAUGCACGGGAACAAUCUGAACAGCUUGCACCAGCUCAUCCAGCCUGAGAUCCUGCCAUCAGAGCUCGGCGGCAUGCUGCCACCUUAUGACAUGGGCACCUGGGCACGGACGCUGCUGGACCAUGCCUAUGACGAGGAGCCUGAGUACAGCCCUGAGUCCUACACCCUGUCUGUGAAGGACCUGGAGAAGGACCUGUCACCCAAAACCAUGAAGAGGUCCCAGUCCGUGGUCGAGCCCGGGGUGCUGAAGAGGCCUGAGAAGCUGAACAGCGAGGAGGAGAACAUCCAGCCUCUGCUUUCUCUGGACUAGCAGGAACAUCGAACCUGAACCGUGGAGAAAGGAUGCAUCAUGUUCCCUUAAAAACGUUCCCUCGAAAACGAGAGUGGUUUCGGCGCAGAGCUGGAGUCUUGAAAGGAAUCGUGAUGGUGGCGAGCUUUGAGAUCACGGACUGAGGAUCAGGAGAGGAAGAGGAGGAUGAGGAGGAGGCGUAGUCGGUGAUUCUGUAGUUUAUUGUCAAGUGCCAAUUUUAAGCUGUAAAUACACUUCCGAUCUCCACGCCUGGACGCUGGUGCGUGAGGGACACACGCGAGGACUGAUGUGAAUAUUCUGUGUGUAUUCAUUGUGAGAUUUUUUCGUGAAUGAUGUUUAGGAUGAAGGGAAAGCAUCCAGAAAGGAGCAAGAGGUGCGUGACAUUUUGGCUUAAUAAAAACGUGCAGCUUCUGAUUUAUGAUACCAACAAAAAGAUAAAGCAGCAAGUAAGUUGGGCUGAAAUUGUUCUAAUAUAAUAUAAUAUACUAUAAAACUCAGCAUCUUUAGACUGUGACACUGAGGAAUGGGUUUCUGCAAAUUUAAGUUGCAAUGUUGAACACAGUCACCUUUUUGUCCCAAACUGCAGGUAUCAUUGACUGAGAUCCACGGGGUUGAUCUCUGUUCAACUGGUGGAAAUCAGAGCGUAAUUCAGGUUUUUUUCCAUCUCGGAGCAAACAUCCCUUUACACUUGGGGGCUUGGAGGUUGACGCAUUUUUUUCAGAGGGAGUGAUUUUCAUCAGAAGAUACCAAACUUGCAUUUUAUCAUCUUUUAAAAAAUAAUGCCAGUCCACAAUACAUGGCUUGUCUAUAGUUUGCAGAGAGUGUUUUUUUUUCUUUUGUUUGGUGUACAAUUUCAUGCAAUUAAACAACAAUAGGAUGUUUUCAUCCUCAUACUUAAUUACUUUUUGCAGGAAAUGAAAAGUAUUUAUGUGCGUAUUCAUUUGCCAGCUUAACCUGUGCAGUCCGACACAUCUGACUGCGUGCUACCUUAUUUAAGUUAUUUAAGGAUCUACAGCCAAAUGGAACAUGCUUUUUUCUCGUAGAGGGGCGAAAGGCCCGCAAGGUGUAAACGUGUGAUGGGACGGCUGGCCUUAUGCUUGAACGCCACCGACACCACUGCAGGAAGCGUAUUGGGAUGUGCCCGCUGUAAAAUUAAAUUCAAACUGGGACGCGAUCAGAAUGCGGCUAUUUAAUGCAACCCAAGCAGCUAGCUCCGGUGCCGAUGUUGGAUGUAUGCACUCGAAUACCGUAACCGUACACCAGACGACCGAGCUGUUUGACCACACAGCUUGUUGUACGGAGCAGGGCAUGGAUAGUGUGCAAAGGUAAUGUUACUCAAAAGCUGAAUAUAUAGCUAUAAAUAGUAUUUCUUGGCGUGUUGCUUUGUGCCGUUGAGCUACGUAAAUUGAAGCGUAAGCGAUGUUUCGGUAGGAUCGUGUUGGGGCGGUGGAGGGUACCACAGGUGUUUCUUCUUUGGCGUCACACCCGUCGACAUUGCACCCCUCUCCGAGACUCGUGAACGGUUAUUUUCUGCAGCUCUCCUUCGUCGUGGCGGUGUGUUAGCUUUCGGCCUGCCGCUGUACUUUCCGUUGCGACUCGGCUCUCCGAGCCUCCCGGCGCUGACACGGCGCUGCAGUCAUGUCACAAAGUUUGGCUCGGUGGAAGCUGCCAAGAACUGGCUGGUUAAGGUCUUUUACUGUCAGAACCAAGAGCGGUGCGCAAAAUGUCAUCUUGCAUUUACCGACUGGACGGUUGCGCUGAAAUGGCAAAGCCCCUUUUCUCGUUGCUUUGGGCUGGAAAGGUGCUAUACUAUGUAGUCAGUGUUACGCAGUCGUGCUGUAUUAUUACAGUCAGAGCAGUGACCUAUUAAAAGGCGGCUGAUAUACAGACGCUAUGAAUAACUAAAUCCAGGGAGUAUAUAAAAGACGGAUGUUUCGGUGAUUCCGGAGACGAUAUGUGUCUUAGAGGAGAUCUUGGCCUGAUUUGAAAGUAUUAUUUAAUGAGUUAAAUGCGUUACAGUCUCCUGUUUUUAGGCUAUCGGAAAAGGUUCUGUGAUUCCUUUCGUGCCGAGCGUUCCCUCGCAGACCACGCAACAGUGGGGUGGGUCGCGGACUCCUAACAGCCAUCUGAAAUGAGAAAUGCUGUUAAAGCCUUCAGAAUGUUUUUUUUUUUUUUUUUUUUUGUGGAGGGCUUGUUAUGGCUAGUUGAAAUACUUUUCUCAGUGUUAACCAAAGGCACCCAAAUGUCGAAUUACUUGGUGUGUGUUUUUCUUCUCGGCAAUAUUACCUUCAUUUAGUAUUAUUAUUAUUUUCUCACGUAUGCUUGCUUUGCUCUUAGUUAGGCCGAUUAUUUCUGUCUUCUGUCACUUUGUAUUGUAUAUAGCGACACAAAAUCGAGGCGUGACCCCGUGGAUGUCUGUACGGGCGGUCCGGGAGGAUCCUCCCGCAGUUUCAGAGCCGGAGGGGAGGUUCCCCCCACUGGCCAGUGUUUAUGUGUAAAUGUCAUUUAAAAAGGACUUGCUAAAUUAUGUAAUUUAAACAAGCAGACAAUAAAAAACAAAUAAAUAUUGA